AUGUACCAACAAGUCCUAUUCCAUCCGGACGAUACACUCUUCCAGAGGAUCUUGUGGAGGUUCAGCCAGUCAGAUCCAAUCGAAAUUUUCGAGUUGAUGACGGUGCCAUAUGGCUUGAGUCCAUCCUCUUUCCUUGCUACACGUACGCUGCAGCAGCUGGUUAAUGAUGAGGGCAGCAUAUAUCCACUGGCUGGACCAAACCUCGUAAAAAACUUCUACGUUGAUGACUUUAUUGGUGGAGCCCAAACCAUCGAAGACGCUGUACAAUUGAGGACGGAACUGAAUGAACUUCUGAAGAAAGGCGGCUUCAAACUUCGGAAGUGGACAUCCAACCAAUUAUCGGUCCUCUCAGGUCUCUCAUCCGACGAAAUUGGCACGCAGUCGUCGAUCAAGUUCGAAGCAAAUGAAACAGUGAAAGCUCUCGGCAUUUCCUGGGAAUCCGAAUCCGACAAUCUCCAUUUUGACUUUAAGAUCCAUCAGCACAAGGGGGCUCCGACUAAACGCUCCAUUCUUUCCGCAAUCUCACAACUGUUUGAUCCUUUGGGGUUGAUAUCGCCGAUUAACAUAAGGGGCAAGAUGCUGAUGCAACGGUUGUGGUUGCUUCCGUGUGGUUGGGACGACGAAGUUCCGGACUAUAUUGCGAAUUCCUGGGAAGAGUUUGCAGGACAGAUUCCGAAAGUUGCAUAUUUCCGUGUCAGCCGAUACGCUUUGCUGCCGAACUCCAUCAUCCAACUCCAUACGUUCUCCAAUGCAUCGGAAUCAGCUUAUGGAGCGUGUACGUAUGCCAGGUGUGUGGAUUCUACUGGAAAGAUUCGCGUGGAACUGCUUGCUUCUAAAUCACGAGUCGCACCGCUGAAGAAGAUCUCGCUGCCGCGCUUGGAACUGUGCGCUGCGGACGUGGCAGCCAAACUCCAUUCUCGGAUCGUUGAGGCGCUCCAGAUUUCCAUCGCCAGUUCACAUUUUUGGUCGGACUCAACAGCUACCCUGCAGUGGCUGCGAGCACCCCCCAACACUUGGAAAACCUUUGUAGCUAACCGAGUUUCGGAAAUCCAAGGUUCGACGACACCAUGGUGCGUUCUGGAAUCACAUCGCCGGUAA